AUGUCGGCGGCGGUCCCGGAGCUGAAGCAGAUCAGCCGGGUGGAGGCUAUGCGCCUUGGGCCGGGCUGGAGCCACUCGUGCCACGCCAUGCUGUACGCCGCCAACCCCGGGCAGCUCUUCGGCCGCAUCCCUAUGCGCUUCUCGGUGCUGAUGCAGAUGCGCUUCGACGGGCUGCUGGGUUUUCCCGGGGGCUUCGUGGACCGGCGCUUUUGGUCUCUGGAGGACGGUCUGAACCGGGUGCUGGGCCUGGGCCUGGGCUGCCUGCGCCUCACAGAGGCCGACUACCUGAGCUCGCACCUGACCGAGGGCCCGCACCGCGUCGUGGCGCACCUGUACGCACGGCAGCUGACGCUGGAGCAGCUGCACGCCGUGGAAAUCAGCGCGGUGCAUUCGCGCGAUCACGGCCUGGAGGUGCUGGGGCUUGUGCGAGUCCCACUUUACACCCAAAAGGACCGAGUCGGUGGCUUUCCCAACUUCCUGAGCAAUGCCUUUACCAGCACCGCCAAGUACCAGCUGCUCUUUGCGCUCAAGGUGCUCAACAUGAUGCCGGAAGAGAAACUGGCUGAGGCUUUGGCGGCUGCCACUGAGAAGCAAAAGAAAGCCUUGGAGAAGCUCCUCCCAUCUUCCUCCUGAGGUUGAGUUUAUGCUGCACGUCUCUUGCCCUCCCCUCCUUCUGUGCCCUGAACUCCUAGGAGAAGGCCUCCUCCUGUGUUUUCACAACUCCUCUCCACUGCCUGGAGCGGCUACUGGGUCUGUAGGUGGCCUGGCUUUCCAGGCUUAGGACGUUUUCUCCUACCCCACCCAAGGCUUAGACUCUCCACGUGAGAGGUUGGUGGAGGUGUCACCCAUUUAUCCAGAUGGGUACAUAGACACACAGAGACCGUUGAGAAGUCGGUGUAUUCUUGUGGAGGAGCAUGCUUUGAGUCUGGUCACCAGCCAGCCCCAGGGCUGAGGGAACAGCUGGCUCAGCUCAGAAUGCUGGACUGUUAAUUUUGGUGAUGGUUAGCUUUACUUGGUUAAUUUUUUCUGUGGUGUGUGAACUGGGAGUGAGGCUUGAAAGCUCUUUACCCCACUGGGGCUUGGUCCCCAAGGUAAGCUGGGGCCAUGAGGCCCAGCUGGAGCUGGACCUGUUGAGAGAGAAGGGACAGGAAAGGCUUGUUUAGGCUGCUGUGUGUGUUCUGUGGUCUUGGCCACAGGCCUGAGGCUGGGUGCAUGGGAGGGUCCCUUCUUCCACUACCCAGGGACUUAAUGCUGGGAGCCGGGCACAAGACUGCUGGGCCCCGUUCAGCGUGGAGCUGACACGGGCCUCCUGUCUCACAUGGAGGUGCCAUCCACUUUCUUUGUGGCUGCUGUGGGACUGCUGCCUUCAGGCCUCUACAGGCCCUGCGCCUGGUCCGGGGCUUCUGGCUGCAUCUGAGCUCACUGCUCUCUGCUUUGCAAGCCUCCCUUUCUCCAUUCCCAGCACAGGCUGCAGGCAGCUCCAGGACAUGCUAUGGAAGCACUGGCCAGGUGUGCAGAAUGACAACCGCAGAGCCACCACAGACACAAAGGUCACCACUGGCAGUCUCCUAUGGCCCGUUGUCCGGAAGGACCCCUCCGUGAAGCUAACAAAGUUUCCACAGCACCUGCUCGGCCUGGUAAGGAAAGCUGUGCUCCGGCCCUCCAGCCUGAGCGCCUGUUCCGCCUUAGAGCCUCGAUGAAGUGGCCAGCACGUGGGGGCAAAGGCACUUCAUUCUGUAAAUAAAAUACCUGUACCUUGUUCCUCUCUUACUUCCUUGGGGCUUGGGAGUGUGCGUCACUCUUCAGAUCGCUUUUGUGGACUCGAUGGGGCUGGGAGCAAGGGCAGCCGACAGAGGGCUACAGGGCACUGCCAGAGCAGGAGGGGGUCAGCUGGUCCGCCCUGCUCUGCACAUGGUGGUCUCUGUCCUGACAGAGGGGGCUUGGGUCCCAGGGGGUUACUGAAGUCGGGGGUCUCAGCCUGGCUUGCCCCUGGCCUCAGUCUGUCAGCCAGUAGUGUGUGUGGCGUGACCAGGACGGAACCCCUCAGCAUCAGAGCUUACAUUUUAUUUUCCAGCAAAUGACAUACGCUGUCCAGGUGCCUAGUCCUCUCCACGGGGCACCUGUGGUGUACGGGGAUCCGCUCUCUCCCACCGUGGCCCUGCCCGCUCUGGGGCUCACCCCCACGUUCUGGCCUACAGGCCCUCGUCCUGCUUCUGUGGGGGCCUCACUCCUCGCACCGGCCCCAGCCCUGUGCUGCUUCUGCUGGCUGCUCGGGAGGCUUGAUCCUCCGGCCUGCUGGGGCCCGGCCCGCCACAGCCGCUUGCUGUCCGCACUCCUGUCUUCCAGGCACACAGCUUCAGGGUGGAUCAGUCACCCAACGUCAGAUUCUGAGAAGGGAAAGGGAAGACUGAAGGGGGAGCUCACCGCUGCCCAGUGCUCCCUGCUCUCGCAGCCCGGGGCCUGGCUGGACGGACACUCACCGUCCCUCCCAGCUAAGGCUCCCGCCAGUUCUCCUUCCCGUUCAGCACUUGCAGCUUCUCCAAGCUCUGGGUCACUGAGCAUAGCACUCGCCCUGAGGAUGGGAGCAGUUAGUUACUGCUUUGCAAGUGUGAGAAGAAGGGGCGUGGGGGGGGUUGCCUAGGACUGCGUGACCGUGGGGAAUAGCAGGCUAGGGCAGGGCUGACCCAGGGGUUGGAGCUGACCAGGCAGGGCUCUCCCUAUUCACCCGCUUUUGGCCCCUGGUGUGGGUGAGGCCACUGGCUGCCUUCCCAGAGACUCACCCAUUUCCUGGACUCGAUCCUCCAGUGCUCCUGACAGCUCAGGGAGGCUCAGAGUCUGCAGCGAGGCCUGCCAGCCACUGGAAUCUGUGGACCAGAGAGCAGGUCGGCCUAGGGUCGGUGCGGUCACCGCAGGUCUCGCCUCUGUCCUGAGCUGCUGCGACCAAGGGACCCGCUCAGCUGUGGGUUCCUGCAUGGCCGCCUUGUUAACACCAAAAUGUAUUCUCCCGCUGUUUCUCCAAAGCACUAAUGGUCAGUCUGGGCCCUGCCCCAGGAAUGAAAGCGUGAGGGUCCCUGGCCUACGUGAGGUUUUGUCCUGGGGCAGCCCCAGCUGUGGGCUGCAGAAGUCACCUGGGAUCCUGGAUGACACGGCCAGCCAGAGCCCAAGGCCUCUGACUCCCACCAGGGGGAGGAAAUCGGGGAGAAAGGGUGCCCUCCCUCCGGAGUCUGGGGUGGUAUGGAGGCGGGCCGCAGUGAGUGGGGUCACUGCUGGGACAGGCGGUUAACGGGCCCGGGGCAGCGCGUGUGACCCGGGCGGCCACUGUUCUUACCAGCUGUGGGGGGGAGGGCUCUGCCCAGGGGGGACCCUCGGGCGGACACCUCCUGCUGCACUCUGGCUGACAGCUCCGCUUGACAGGCUCUGUCAGACACAAGACCAGGCGCUGGUGAGGAAGAGGCCUGGCAGGAGUGCCUCGCCUGGCCCCCAGGAGUGGCAGACACCCCCCCCCAGUCUCCCUGGCAGGUGGGGCUCUGCCUUCGUGGCAGGCUCUCAAGGCCCGAGACGCAGGCAGAGGAGGAGCUGCGCGCUGCGUGCAGGCUCUCGGGGCCCUGCGUGCUGCCUGGGUCUGCCCUGCAGAAAGGCAAAGCCAGAACAACACGGAGGAGGGCAGUGAGCGAUCCCAAGAGACCCUAAAAUCAAGCCCUGGGUUGAAGAAUCUGCAGGCAUUGGUGACUCAGGGCUCAGCCUGGGCCUGGGGACCGCUCAGAUACCCACUCACCGCAGCUGCUCCAAGACGAGCGCGGCGUCCCGGGUGAGGGCCCAGGUCUCCUGCAGCUGGGCGUGCACGUCCUCCCGGGCACCGUCCUGCUCCAGCAGGCAGCUCUCCACCACGGCGCGCAGCUCCUGCUCCUGCGACACCUGGCCCCGCAUGGCCUCCACCUCCUCACAGCGCUGCGGUGGGAGAGGCAGGACUCGGGGUGGGUGUGUCUGCCCGGCCCUUCCCCUGCUCACCACCUACUUUGUGCAGCUGGAUGGCGAGCUCCUGCAUCUCCGCUUCGAGCCGGUCGGCAUAGGCCAGCUCCAGGGCAUCGCUGGGGGGACGGGCGCUGCUGUGCCAGCGGGCGAUGGCAGAGGUCAUCUUCCUCUUCGGCCCAAACAAGCUGUAGGGGUGAAGAAGAGAGGUGUACAGGUCUGCGGUGCGCACAGGGGUGCCAUGGACCGUCCUUCCACCAAGACGGUCCCCUAGGAAAGGUCCCACCUUUGAACGGGGAGAGUGGCCCCCAGGAUCCUGGGACAGAUGACAGAAACAAAGGGUUCUCCAAAGUGACCCCGGUUGGGGCUGCCCUCCCCCACCUGCUUCCUCUCCCUGCCUGCUGCUGCUUUCACUCACAGGGAGCUCCGGCCAGCUGGGGCCAGGCCGUGCAUGGUCUCCCACCAACUUGGGAAGCUCUCAGAAGUGGACAGCCGAAGUCCGGACGCCCUUACCACAGCAGCGCCAGCGGGCCAGCCUGGGGGCCGGAGAGGCCGGCCGGCUGCAGAAGCGAGCAGACUUCCAGACAGGGUGGCUCGUUCCACCCCAACACAGGGACAUUGGGAGCUAAGCUAGCCCCUUCGGGCUGGGGGAAACGAGGGGCCCGCGGCCACGAAGGGCCCCUCUGCACUCACGUGAUGCCGAUUUCCUUCAGGUCGCUCUCCGUGAGGGUCAGGAAGAUGCGGAGGUCCACGUCCUGCUCCUCGAACACCUGCAG